CAAAAAGUUCAGCGCAGGAAAAAGAAGCCAUCACUACAGCAAACUUCCACCGCCACUCCUCACCCACACAUUCUCCCGACGUUGCGAACUCUGUCAAGAUGGCCUCCCAAAUGGGCACCAUUGCCCAGCUGCUGGAUGCUACUUUAGAUCCCAGCACUCACAGAAAAGCCGAGCAAGCCCUCAAGGCAGAGGCAGCCAAGCCGCAAUACUCUCUCAACCUCCUCAACAUUGUCGCUUCAGAUUCUCUUCCUCUCAAGACCCGGCUAGCCGCCGCCUUGGCCUUCAAGAACUUCAUCCGCUCCAACUGGGUCGAUGCCGAUGGCAACUACAAGCUCCCCGCCGAUGAGGUGAACACCAUCAAGUCUCAGCUCAUCGGGCUGAUGAUUUCUUGCCCACCAACCAUCCAGACCCAGCUCGGCGAUGCUAUCAGCAUCAUUGCCGAUUCAGAUUUCUGGGAGCGUUGGCAAACACUGACCCAAGAGCUCGUCGCGAAAUUUUCCCCCGUCGAUCCCAAGGUCAACAUUGGUGUCCUCGAAGUCGCCCACUCCAUUUUCGUCCGCUGGCGUCCUCUCUUCAGAACAGACGAGCUAUAUACUGAGAUCAACCACGUCAUCAGCACAUUUGCGCAACCCUUUGUGCAGCUGCUUGUCCAGACCGAUGAGCAAAUCACAAAGAACGCCCAGAACAAGGAUGCCCUCCAGAGCUGGUUCGAGUCCCUGAGCCUCAUGAUCAAGAUCUUUUACGACCUGUCGUCCCACGACAUGCCCCCCAUUUUCGAGGAGCACCUGGCCUCCAUCUCAGAACUGCUGCACAAGUACCUGACAUACACGAACCCGAUCCUGGAGACCGACGACGAUACCGAAGUUAGCGUCAUCGAUACCGUCAAGGCCGACAUCUGCGAGGCUUUGGAGCUCUACACACUCAAGUACGACGAGGACUUUGGCAAAUACACGGAGCCCUUCAUUACCAAUGCCUGGAAUCUGCUCUCCAGCACAGGAUCCGAGACCAAGUACGACCUGUUGGUCAGCAAGGCUUUGCACUUCCUGACCGCUGUCGCCGGCACCUCGCAGCACUCGGGUGUCUUUGCGGAUGAGAACGUCCUGGGCCAGGUGGUCGAGAAGGUCAUCCUGCCCAACGUUGCCCUGCGCGAGUCUGAUUUGGAGCUGUUCGAGGAUGAGCCUAUCGAGUACAUCCGCAGGGAUCUGGAGGGCUCAGACACCGACUCGAGACGCCGAUCCGCGACCGACUUCUUGAGAAGACUUCAGGAAAAGUACGAGCAACUCGUCACUGGUGUCGUCUACAAGUACAUCAACCACUACUUGGAGCAGGGCAAAUCCGACUGGAAGGCGAAGGACACGGCGGUAUACCUCUUCAUUUCCAUCGCGGCCAAGGGAUCCGUUACCGCCGCUCAAGGUGUCAAGACGGUCAACUCAUUGGUCAACGUCGUGGACUUUUUCGAACAACACAUUGCUGCCGACCUGAUGGCCAGCGGUGGUGUUGAGCCCAUCUCCAAGGUCGACGCUAUCAAGUACCUGCACACAUUCCGCAGCCAACUGACAAAAGAGCAAUGGAAGCUGGCGUUCCCUCCCCUCAUCCAGAACCUGGCGUCGGACAACUACGUCGUCUACUCAUACGCUGCGAUUGCGGUCGAGCGUCUACUAUUUCUGUCGGACGACUCGGGCAAGGUCAUGUUCCCCCGCGAAGACAUCCAGCCGUUCGCCAAGGACUUGCUUGAGCAUCUGUUCAAGCUGAUUGAGAAGGAGAAGACCCCUGCCAAGCUGCAGGAGAACGAGUUCUUGAUGAGAUGUGUUAUGAGAAUUCUCAUUGUGCUAAAGGACGGUGCCGCACCGCUGGUUGAGGGUGUUCUGACACACUUGGUUGCCAUCACAAACAUGAUCAAGCAGAACCCUAGCAACCCGCGCUUCUACUACUACCACUUCGAGGCCCUUGGCGCUCUCGUCAGAUAUACCUCAUCCACGCACGCUGCGCUUUUCAACCAGAAGCUUUGGGAGCCAUUCAACCAGAUCCUGGUUGAGGACGUUACCGAGUUCCUGCAGUACAUUUUCCAGAUUCUGGCCCAGCUCUUGGAGUCAAGCCCUCCGGAUGCGGUCUCGGACAAUUACAGGGCUUUCCUGUCCCCGCUGCUCGAGCCGGCUCUGUGGGACACCAAGGGCAACGUCCCAGCUUGCACCAGACUUCUGUCAUCCAUCAUCCCGGCAACUUCCGCUUUCGUUGUCUCCGAGAACAAGUUGGAGCAGAUUCUCGGCAUCUUCCAGCGUCUCCUUGCUGUCAAGAAGUACCAGUUGUACGCAUUUGACAUCUUGGAGGCAGUCGUCAAGUCAUUCGAGCCUGCGGUUACUGAUCAGUACUUUGGUACUAUCCUGAACCUGCUGUUCGCCAAGCUACAGGGCAACCCGCCGGAUUCGCUCAAGCUUCGCUUCGCUCGAUUCUUCCACCUCGUGGCGUCCCGAGUUGAGGCUGGCUUCGGUGCUGAUUACUUCAUGAAGCACGCUGAGAAGAUUCAAGAGGGCAUCUUCGCCAAGGUCUACCCUCCGUUUGUCUUGGCCGAGACGGAAAAACUUGCCCGACCUGUCGACCGUAAACUCGCAGUAGUCAGUCUUACCAAGACUCUCUGCGAGUCGCAGGCUUUUGCGCAGAAGUUCGCCAAGGGCUGGGCCAACACGUGCAAGAUCCUUCUUGCUCUUUUGGUCAACCCUCCGGUGGUGUCAGCCGGUCUGGGUGACGAGCUCAUUAACGAAGCUGACGUUGAUGAUAUCGGUUUCGGCCUGUCCUACACUGCUCUCAACACCUGCCGGCCGAUCGCGCGUGACGACUACCCAGAGGUCACGGCGGUGGCUCCCUGGGUCAGCGCGUACAUUAGUUCCGCGAACCAGCGCCACAACGGCGCGAUUGUCAACUUUGUCAACACACGUCUCACACCAGAGCAGCAGCAAGCACUGCAACAGUACUUGCAAUAGGAGGUGCUACCAGGCGGUGUAAUGGGGUUGCCGGACAAUUAUGCGUGGUCCACGGCCCAUGGUGGAUGGCAGAGACUCCAAUAGGAUGAAUACUUGAAUGAUUGCGGAUGAUGCCCAAAAAAAACGCAGGAAAGAAGCGUUAAGAAGACACAGUGGGAAGCUGGGAAGGGAAGAAUUCACCCAGACCGGAGACCGGAACACAGCUAGGCGUAUGCGGUGGAGGAAAUAUCAUGAG